CUCAGCCUCACGCUCACUGAGCAGUCAGAGGUAGCUCCUGCCUCCCACCCCCACCCUGCUGGAACUGACAGCAGCAUCGCUUUUAUAAAAGCCACGACGCUGCGUCCAUAGCAGCUCCCUCACCGCUCUUUUGUGUCUCCUUAUUUUUUGACAUUUGCUUUAUUUAUCAGCCUUUUGUGCCUUGCUCUGGACUACCUCCAUGGACAUGCUGGCUAAGAAGGAACGCAGAGGCAGGGAUGUGAAAGGCUUGCUGAAGAGGAAUUGGGUUCUCAUAGCAACCAUCGCCUCAGUCUUACUGGGAAUCGGCCUAGGAGUGCUAGUGCGAGAGUAUGCUGGUCUCUCUCAGCUUGAUAAGCAAUAUUUUGGUUUCCCUGGUGAAAUCCUGAUGAGAAUGCUAAAGCUGGUUAUCUUGCCUCUCAUCAUCUCCAGCAUGAUAACAGGAGUGGCGGCCCUGGACUCUGAAGUGUCAGGCAAGAUUGGCCUUUGUGCAGUGAUCUAUUACUUCUCCACCACCAUCAUAGCUGUUAUUCUCGGAAUAAUCUUGGUCACAACUAUUAAGCCUGGAGUCUCUCAGAGUGCAGAUAAUAUUGACCGCGCAGGAACCACUCCAAACGUCACCACUGUCGACACCCUCUUGGAUCUUGUCAGGAAUAUGUUUCCAGAGAAUCUUGUGCAAGCAUGUUUUCAGCAGUACAAGACUCAGCGCAAGGAGCUCGAACCAUCUUCUUCCAACACAAGCACAAACACAGCUACAACAACUUUCCCGCCCUUUUCCACUAUAAUGGCAACAGUUGCACAGAACCUGACCAAGGAAUAUACCAUAGUGGGAGCAUACUCAGAUGGGAUUAAUGUUCUUGGCAUCAUUGUGUUCUGUGUGGCAUUUGGCCUGGUCAUUGGUAAGAUGGGCGAAAGGGGACGUAUCCUGCUAGAGUUCUUUGAUGCUCUGAAUGAGGCCACUAUGAGACUGGUCCAAAUCAUCAUGUGCUACAUGCCAGUGGGUAUCCUGUUCCUAAUUGCUGCCAAGAUCAUCGAAGUAGAUGACUGGGACAUCUUCCGGAAAAUGGGCCUGUACAUGGUGACAGUGCUUAGUGGACUCGCCAUCCAUGCUGUUGUAUUUCUGCCCCUAAUUUACUUCAUCUUUGUACGAAAGAAUCCAUACACAUUUGCUCUUGGGAUGGCACAGGCCUUGGUGACGGCUCUCAUGAUCUCCUCAAGCUCUGCAACCUUACCAGUCACCUUCCGAUGCGCAGAAGAAAAUAACAGGGUUGACAAGCGGAUCACUCGGUUUGUUCUUCCAGUGGGUGCGACUAUCAACAUGGACGGUACAGCGCUUUAUGAGGCAGUGGCGGCCAUAUUUAUUGCCCAGCUGAAUGGUCUUGACCUCGACGCAGGGCAAAUAGUGACUAUUAGUAUCACAGCAACAGUCGCAAGCAUUGGAGCGGCAGGAGUCCCAAAUGCUGGACUGGUAACUAUGGUGAUAGUGCUGACUGCAGUCGGCCUUCCUGCCAGUGAUGUCACCCUCAUUGUGGCUGUGGACUGGCUGAUUGACCGUUUCCGCACCAUGAUCAAUGUACUGGGGGAUGCCUUCGGCGCAGGCAUAGUCCAGAAGCUCUCGAAGCGAGAGCUGGAGAGGAUGGACCUCACUUCUGAUGUGGAUGUGGCUAACCCAUUCGCCCUGGAGACCACUCUCGAUGACGAAGAGUGUGAGAAGAAAUCCUAUGUCAACGGUGGCUUUACUGUGGAUAAGACUGAUGCCAUUUCCUUCACUGAGACCUCACAGUUUUAGUGCCAAGCCUUCAUGGCUGUGAUGCCAGUUAUGGAAGUUUGGGAUGAAUGACCUCUAGAAAAAGGGGUGGAAACCAACCGUUCAUGAAAUCAGUGCCAUUAUGAGGGGGAACACACUUUUCACAGAGGGCACGUUCAAAUGCAGACAUUAUUAAUAGCUGCCAUUACUGUUCUCCCUCCACAUUUCCCCUUAUUGCUGUGCCCUUGAGCUGAAACUACUUCUUGUUUGUUUGUGCCGGACAGAGAAAGUCAUUCGUGGAAGUGAGGAAAAAAAAAGUUCUUCCAAAAAUGCAUUGAUCUGUUGCCAAGAAUUAUGCAAAGGCACUUUUUACACAUUUUUCUUACCUGCAUUGUUGUUUUUAAUGGUUUCAUACUAACAAAUGCUUAUGUAGAUAUUCAAAAUCGAUCCUGCUUCAGAAGCGUGUGGAAUAUAUGUGUGAGUGUGCGUGAUUUUGUAUGUCUGUUGUGUGAAAAGAGAAGAAACAAAGUCAGCCAAGCAGAUUUGUGUAUACUCUAUGUACUGCAACAAAGCGCAUGUCUUUAACGAAGCUAUUAUAUUUAUCACCUGCAGUGUUAAAAUAGAAGCGGAUGUAAAAGCAAUACGCUACUGCUCAGCUCUGUAACUGGUUUUCAGCAGGUUUCUUUGAAGCCUCUCUCUUACGUCAUAAUUCUUGUCAGUUCUGUUUGUGCACUUGCUUGCAGGAGCCUGUUGUUUGUGAGCUUUGAGCGUGUUAGAUUUGCAACUUGUGCCAAAUUGAAUGUUUUGGUAUGAAGGGAACUUUAAAAAUGUUUAAGUUUAAAAUAUUGCAUGAAGCAAUAUGAUAAACACCACAAAUGUGGCCUUUAAAGAAUGACUGAAUCCAGGAUACACGAUUUUAUUCACAUAUGUUUCUAUUCUCUCGAUAGCCAGCGCAGUAGGCGUCUUCACUGCUGUAUAACAGUACCAUCGAUCGGGAGGGGAGGCCACCGCACGCCUUCUCUCAUGCAUACAAAGCAUUUGUCUAAGCUGUAGCCAUAAAGCAUUGUUGAGGUUGCUAGAAUCUAAAUGAGAGGAACCAUGCCAAUUUCUUGUUCUCCAUUUUUGAGUUGUAGGCUCACUGUUAGUGCUAUUGGUGCACUUUGUGCAUAGGGACUACAAUGUGAACUGUUAUUAGACUGCCCUCAAUGUGACUACAGUUGAUGUAGCUGUGUAAUAGUGCCAAUCAAUCUACUGUUCAUUUUUUUGUUGUUGUUUCACAUGUACGUUUUUUUUUGUUUUGUGGGCUGGACUGGAAAUGGCAGAAAAAGUUAGUAUUGUGAUACGGUUGACAUAAAAUAUUGUGAACCAAACACUGUAUAUGCUGUUCAAAGCACAUUUUUGUCCAACUCUCAAUGACAUUUACAAAUUAGCUUAACAUACAAUGUAACGUUAUGUACCAACAAAUGAAUAAAAUACAACAAAUCUGAGUACAUAA